GAACAAAAAAAGAGAAAAAAAGAGGACAAAAAAAGAAAACCCACUGAAAUUACGUGAUUUGUGAGCAGACCGUAUCAACUGCAUCGCUCUGCGUCUGCAGGCGUGUAGGGUCCCCCCCCCCUCCUCCCUCCUCCUUCUGCUGUAAUAUUUAUGGCAAAACGGAGGCAAAAUAUUCCGGUCACGUUUGUGGCUGACAGCCGGCUGUCCUGGAGAGCGCUGGAGUGAAGCGGCUCCAUACAUCCAGAGCUGGAGGAAGCGCAGCGCACCGACACCUGCAGUAAGAUGUAAAGGGAAUUCCCAGCGACCAAACUGAUACAACACACAGAUCUGUUCUUCAUCACCGUCUCAACGGAGUCAGAGCGGACGGGAACGUAGACGAUGGUCUGUUGUGGUGGCCGCCGUUGCUAUGUGUGAAAGACUGCUGCGCCGUCAAUGGAGACCGAAGCCUAUCGUGAGCUCCUGGAGACCAGCGAUGGUCAGGAGGCAGGCCUGCUGGACGGAGGGAGAGAGGCGGGUGUGGAGGAGAGCUGGAGCACACCCUACCCUCUUGGCUUUCAGGUGUCUUUGACCACCGUGCUUAUGCUGGAACUUGUGUUGGGCUUCAGCAGCAACCUCACCGUGCUUGUGCUCUAUUGCGCCCAGUCCAACCUGGUGGAUUCAGUCAGCAACCUGGUCACGGUCAACCUUCACGUACUCGACAUUCUGGUCUGUGUGCUUUGCCUGCCACUGACUGUGGCCGUGAUCCUCCUACCAGCUAAUGAAAAUGGAGUUGGCAGUCUGGCCACACUUUGCUGCUUUCACGAGGCCUGUGUCACAUUCACUAGCGUGGCCACAGCAGUCAACGUGUUAGUCAUUAGUUUGGACCGAUACGACAUCUCCGUGCGUCCAGCCAGUCGUCUGCUGACCCCAAGACGAGCUGCCCUGCUCCUGGCAGCGGUAUGGGCUGUGUCUCUGGCUGUUUUCUUCUUACCAUUCCUUGAAGGUGAUUUCUUCUCUUCAACAGUUGAGGAUGGCGAGGACGAAGAGUCAGAAAGGCAGAGUAACGACUCAGAGCUCACUUCCAGACUGACCCCCAUCUUUCCCUCUCACCCUCCUUCCCCACUACCCUCUACACGGCCCUCCUCCCCUUCACACCAUCUGCCUCCAGUGUGGCAGAACAGGACUUUACUGUGUGUGGGAGGGCAGGGAUAUUACACAGGUAUGGCUAUGUAUUAUCACUUGCUACUCCAAGUUCCCUGCUUCUUCACUGCUGUGGCAGUUAUGCUGUUCACUUAUUCCAGGAUACUACAGGCUCUCAACAUCCGCAUUGGCUCCCAUAUGAUGAGAAGUACACGUGCAAAGGACUCCACCUGCAGGAUAAGGUGCAGGAGGCGGAAAAGGAAGGAACUAAGCCUGCCGACAGAAACAGUGUCCUCCAACCAGAACCAGAACCUCAACCAUCCGCCCCUCAUUCCCUCUGCCACCCCUACACCAACAUCACCCCCACCACUUUCCUGCAUGCCCCAAGGAUUGUCUGACAGUGGGGCAACAAUAACUACUGUCAGCACUGCUGCCACCACCCCCAUUGCAACCACACCAGCCACCCCAGCUUCUCCAACCCCAGCUUCAGUCUCAGCUCAGACCCACGCAUCGACACCUCUGCCUGCUGCAGCCAUGGGUGUGCAGGCCUCAGUUUCUGCAAUCAUCGCACUGAGGCGGGCAGUACGCAGGCACAGAGACCGACGGGAACGUCAGCGUCGCGUCCUUAAAAUGUCCCUCAUCAUCAUAUCCAGCUUCCUAGGGUGCUGGGCCCCUCUGUCAGCGGUCAAUGUCCUGAUCCUGUGUAUGGGUCCCAGUGACAGCCUGGUGCGGCUCCGUCUCUGCUUCCUGGCCAUGGCUUAUGGAACAACCAUUUUUCAUCCUCUGCUCUACGCUUUCACCAGGCAGAAACUGCGGCGAGCGCUCAAAACACGCGUUAAGAAAAGGGUGGUGUCACUUCUGCAAGUCGACCCAGCCCCCAGCGGGGGGACCGUGAUUCACAACUCUUGGGUGGAGGGCGGAGGCCAGAGAAAGAAACGCAAGUCACGGGUGGAGGCCAGUGAAGGCACGGAUCGAUGUCUCACGGAGGCAGUGAGGGAAUGAGGCUGUUGUCCUUCAGCGUGUGUGUGUGUGUGUGUGUGUGUGUGUGUGUGUGUGUGUG